ACGGGUGAAAGCCGCCUCGUAUGUUCGUGCGGCGCGUGUAUGUGUGUGCGUACGAGUUCGUGUGUGCCUGCGUGAUGAGGCGGCGUGGGCUGUAUAUAAGAGCCGAGAGGUAACCUCCGAGGGGACACCAUCGCCCAGCGGCGCGAAGAGAAAGGUUUUCGCUCUACCCCACAAGGCGGUACCCUUAGUCGACCCGACAUUCUCCGUGCGAUCUCACAGGCCGACAACACGAUGAAGACAGCGCUGGUCCUCGCGGUCAUCUUGGCCGCUUUGGCCCUCGUGUCGAGCGCUGACGAGCCGGAGGUCGCUUCCACCGAUGCUCCGGCUGUGGCCAGCACUGAGGAGCCGGCCGUUGAGCCAGCUGCCGAUGACAAGGACAAGAAAGAAGGCAAGGAGAAAGUCGAGAGUCGCGGUGGCAUCUUCGGAGGCGGAUUUGGCGGUUACGGACCGGGCGUAGGAAUUGGAUACGGCGGCCUUGGCUACGGCGCUGGUCUUGGCUAUGGCGGUCUCGGCUAUGGAGGCCUCGGCUACGGCAGUGGUCUUGGCUACGGUGGUCUUGGCUACGGUGGUCUUGGUUAUGGAGGUCUUGGAUACGGCGGGGGCUAUGGCGGCCUUGGAUACGGCCGCGUCGGCUAUGGUGGUCUCGGCUACGGUGGUCUUGGCUACGGCGGGCUUGGUUACGGUGGUCUUGGCUAUGGUGGACUUGGCUACGGAGGUCUGGGUUAUGGCGGCCUCGGCUACGGCGGAGCUGGCUACGGCGGUUACGGAGGUGGAUACUACGGUGCCGGCCGCGGCUAUGGCCAGGGUGGCUUUAACUACGGUGGUGGCGAGGCUGCGAAACGCGUGUACGGCCACACUUCGACUUACGGCCAGACGUCCACUUACGGGCUGCAGGCCAACGCAGGCAGCGCGUACGGUGCGGGACAUCAGGCUGGCGGAGCUGGUUUCGAGAAGGCCGCACACGCAGGAGGAGCCGCUGGUGGACAGUACGGCGGUGCCCAAGUCGGAGGCGUCGGAGUCGGAGGGGUCGUUGGCUGAGACCCGCCACCAUCACGAAGCUUGCCCCAUCCUGCUCCUACCGAGUCUGCGACGGACAGAGAGGAGCUGGAUUCUUCACCAACACUGCCUGUCAGCGGACUUCCAUCAUUAAAAAAAAUACAAACUCGCUUCGACAUGAAAUUUGGGCAUAUCAUGAAAGGUAACUCGUCACAAGAGGCUGGUGCAGCAUCAGUGGUCACACGAAGGACCUCGUCUGGCUGUGAAUACUCUUGUUUGAAUAAAUGUUCCUGUUUUCCCUAA